AUGGCCAACACGGUGUACGUGAUCACAGGCACGAACAAGGGCAUCGGCCUCGGGCUCGUCAAGGCCCUGCUCGCCCGUCCAUCCACAACAGUUGUGGCCUCGGUUCGCAAUGACGCUUCUGCUGCAACUUUGAAGGCAGGCGUCGCCGCCAUCAGUAAAGGCGACAAAAGCGAGUUUCAUGUCAUGCUGCUCGACAUAUCCAAAGCUCCUUCGCCCGCCGCUGUGCGCGAAGCUUUCACGGCCGCCACCGCUGGCACCAUCGACCGCAUCGACGUCCUCAUCAGCAACGCCGCCGCACCUUUCCCCAUGCUAUCCAUCUCGACAACACCCGCCGACGACUUUCGCAACGCCUUCGAAGUCAAUACUAUUGCACCGUUGAUGAUCUUUCAGGGUCUUUGGCCCUUGAUGGACAAGCCCCGCGCCGAGAGCGAUGUCCCUGCCAAGUUCAUUGGUGUUUCUUCCUCGGUUGGAUCGAUUGAGACACAGGAGCCUCUCCCUGGUGGUGCUUAUGGCCCGAGCAAGGCGGCGUUGAAUCACAUCACGAAGUCGCUUCACGCGCAACACAAGAAUCUGGUAUCGGUCGCAUUGCACCCUGGCUGGGUCCAGACAGCGAUGGGUGAUUACGCUGCGAAGGCAUGGAACUACGACGCCGGCCCUCCGGACACAAUUGAGAGCAGUGUCACUGGUUGUCUUCAAAUCAUCGACGGGGCUAGCCGCGAGACUACGUCAGGGAAGUUCGUGACGCAGACGGGUCAGGUUCUUCCCUGGUAG